CUAUUUUUUAUUAUUAUUGCCAAAUUAUGUCAUUUUCUUAUUUUUUUUCUCUUUCUUUAAAUGAAAAGUAAAAGGGAAUCCAAGCCAACAAGUGAAGAAGAGGAUUUAUUAUCCAACACAGCUAAAGGAGCAUCUUAUCUUAUCCUACUUCAAUUUAUAUCUCGUAUGCUUACCUUUUCACUAAACCAAGUUGUCUUGAGAUACACCACACCUGAUGCCUUUGGCAUCGCUUCAGUCAACUUGGAACUACUCGCCUCAACUAUUCUGUUUAUUUCUCGUGAAGGCUUUAGGGCUGCAUUGACACGGUCUACCAAGAACCAGCAGCAGAUCGUUAACCUUGCUUACAUUCCAGCCUGUCUAGGUUUUGUGUCGACUACUUUAUGCUGUGGAUACUAUUUAUCGACAAUCAGCUCUAAAGAGGCCGACAUAUACCCUUAUUAUCGUACAUCUGUCGUAUUAUAUGGAUUAGCAUCCUUAUUUGAACUAAUAGCAGAGCCACUGUUUAUUGUCGCUUUAAAUAAACUUUAUUUCCAGCUACGCGUCACUGUCGAAGGAACAGCUGUCAUCUUGAGAUGUUUGGUAACCUUUGCAUUAACCUUGUAUGGUUACAGUAUCCUGUCCUUUGCCAUAGCUCAAUUCGUUUAUGGCUUGGUCAUGAUGCUAGGAUACCUCGGUUACUUUUUAUACAAGGAGAAAUCAUGGUCAAGUCUAUUACCAAGGAAGAUCAAGGACGAUGAAAGAAGGGAAUAUUGGUUUGAAAAGACAUUGCUUAACUUAGGAAUUACCAUGACAAAGCAAUCUUUGCUAAAGCAUGUCCUAACAGAAGGAGAUAAAAUGCUAAUCUCAGUUCUGAGCACAGACAGAGAUAAGGGUGUCUAUGGAUUUACAGUCAAUUACGGAUCACUUGUCGCACGUAUCUUAUUUCAACCUCUGGAAGAGACAGGAAGAACGUUUUUUUCAAAAAUGUUGGCUGAUAAACAGAACACCUCUGCUCGUCAAACAGCGUAUCAUGUCCUAGUAACCUUUUUGCAAUUCCACAUCUUGUUAGGCCUUCUUUUCGUUUGCUUUGCUACGAAUUACACGCGUACCUUGGUUGAUCUACUGGCUGGAUCAACAUGGUCAAUCCAAAGUGAUGCGCCCAAGGUACUCGCUAUCUACUGCAUGUAUGUUCCUUUCAUGGGCGUCAAUGGUAUUACGGAAGCCUUUGUACAGGCGAUUGCUAAUAAGCAGGACCUAAACCGACUUAGCUAUUUUAUGGUCUUCUUUUCUGCUUGCUUCCUCAUUUCGGGAAUUGUCUUUAUGUACUGGUUCCCUCUAGGAGCGAUUGGGCUUGUGCUUGCCAACAUGGUUAACCUAAGUGUCCGUAUAAUCUAUAGUUGGUUCUUUAUUUGUAGAUAUUUCGAAAAACCGAAAAGCAUUUGGUCAUGGUUUCCGCAUCCUAUGACUAUCAUGAGCUUUGUUACAGCAUGGUUUAUAACACAGUGGUCAGAAAACUAUGUGGGAUGGUACACACUAAGACAAAAGGCAGCUCAUAUUGGUGUUGGCAUCCUUUGCUUUGGAUUGGUUGCCAUUAUCACAUUAUGGAAAGAAGGAGCAUUUAUUUCAAACAUUAAGCGGUUAUCAAAGUCAAAAAGAACAUAACAUGUAUAAUAAAUCCUUAAUCAUUAUUGUGGCCAAGAUAAGGAUAAAGCCAUUGUUGUCAUAUCCUUGACUAAAACGUCAGAUUAAAACGAUUGUAAUCCGCUCAUUUUUUUUCUUUCUUUUUCUCAUGGAUCUCUUUGACAUCAAGUCUCCACAUAAUAAAUACGUGCAAGUAGCAUGGUAUGGG